CUCUGGGGCGCGGCGAUGGCUGUGCCGGUGAGUCUGCGGGAGCUGCUGCUGGCCGGGGGCGGCGGCGGCGGCGGCGCGGAGGGGGGCGGCGGCGGGACGGGCGCCCCCGGCCCCGGCGAGGAGGAGGUGUGCGUGGUGGGCAUCUUCGGCAAGACGGCCCUGCAGCUGAGCUCCGAGAAGGCGGCGCUGGUGAGCACGGUGUGCGACCGGCAGGUCUUCCCCCUCUUCCAGCGGGAGAGCGCGGGGCCGGGCGGGGCCGAGCCCAGGGACGGCGGGGAGCCCGCGGCCGGAGAGGGGGAGCCCGCCGCCCAGGACUACAACCUGCUGCAGGCCUACUACAGCCAGGAGAGCAAGGUGCUGUACCUGGUGCUCACCUCCAUCUGCGACACCCCCCAGCUGCUGCAGGCCUGCAGGGGCCUCAGCGCCGGGGACGCCAGGGUGCCGGGGCUCGGCCACCCCCCUGGCGCCCCGCUGCCCCAUGCCGAGGCCCAUGAGUUCUGGAAGCACCAGGAGAAGCUGCACUGCCUGAGUCUCCUCUACCUCUUCUCCGUCUGCCACAUCCUGCUGAUGGUGCACCCCACCUGCUCCUUCGACAUCACCUAUGACCGUGUCUUCAGGGCCCUGGAUGGGCUGAGGCAGAAGGUGCUGCCCUCCCUUAAGGCCGCCAUCAAGGACUGCCCGAUUGGCAAGGAGUGGAAGCUCAACUGCAGGCCGUGCCCGCCCCGCCUCCUCUUCCUCUUCCAGCUUAAUGGGGCCCUCAAGGUGGACCCCCCACCAGGCAGGGGGCAAGACCUCUGCGGCCAGCUGGAGAAGCCCCCACCCAAGAAGCAUUCACCCAAGAGGAGGUUGCAGCAUGCUCUGGAGGACCAGAUCUACCGCAUCUUCCGUAAGAGUCGGGUGCUGACCAACCAGAGCAUCAACUGCCUUUUCACUGUGCCUGCUAACCAGGCCUUUGUCUACAUUGUGGCUGGUGGGGCCCAGGAUGGAGAGGACCCAGUGGCCAUGCUGCUGGAGCAGCUCAGGAGCAACUGCACGAUGAAAGAGACAGAUUCCUUGCUGGCACCCGCCUUGGCAGGGCCCAGGAGAUAUCAGAUGAUGAGACAUGGCAGGCAGCAGCUAUCCUUCCAUGUUGAGAGUAGCAGUAGCAGCUCCAGCUCCUCUGGGCAGUUGGUGGACUGCACCCUCAAGGAGUUCCUGUGGCAACAUGUGGAGCUGGUGCUAAGCAAGAAAGGCUUUGAUGAUAGUGUGGGGAGAAACCCUCAGCCCUCUCACUUUGAGCUUCCUACGUAUCAGAAGUGGGUUGCUGCAGCUCAGAAAUUGUAUGAAGUGGCUAUUGAGGGGAAAGAUGAUGACCCAGCUUCCCUCACUGGGGAACUGACCUCCAAAAUCAUGGGAAGCAUCAAAGUCUUGGAGGGGUACCUAGAUAUAGACACCAAGUUUUCUGAAAACCGUUGCCAAAAGGCUCUCCCCAUGGCCCACAGUGCCUACCAGUCCAACCUGCCCCACAAUUACACUAUGACAGUUCAUAAGAAUCAGCUGGCACAAGCCUUGCGUGUGUACAGCCAGCAUGCCCGGGGACCAGCCUUUCACAAGUAUGCCAUGCAACUUCAUGAAGACUGUUACAAGUUCUGGAGCAACGGGCAUCAGCUGUGUGAGGAGCGAAGUUUAACUGAUCAGCACUGUGUGCAUAAAUUUCACUUACUCCCAAAAUCAGGGGAAAAACCAGAGCCAGAUAGAAACCCUCCAGUGUUGUAUCACAACAGCCGGGCUCGCUCCACUGGUGCCUGUAACUGUGGAAGGAAGCAAGCACCCCGGGAUGAUCCCUUUGAUAUCAAAGCAGCCAAUUAUGACUUCUAUCAGCUGCUGGAAGAGAAAUGUUGUGGGAAACUGGACCACAUCAACUUCCCGAUAUUUCAGCCGAGUACACCUGAUCCAGCACCGGCCAAGGAUGAGACCUCACCUGCCCCUCCAGAAGGAGAAGCUGAGAAACUUAAAGAAAAAGAGCCUCAAACCCAGGGAGAGAGCACCAGCUUGAGCUUAGCCCUUAGUUUGGGUCAAUCAACGGAUAGCCUGGGCACCUACCCAGCUGAUCCUCAAGGUGGAGGAGACAAUGCAGAGGCUCACGGGCAAGCAUCAGAGUCUAAAAGCGAGAAGAGGCCAAGCUUGGUAGAUCGCCAAGCAUCCACUGUUGAGUAUCUUCCUGGCAUGCUCCAUUCUAAUUGCCCUAAGGGUCUUCUUCCCAAAUUCUCUAGCUGGUCACUGGUCAAACUUGGCCCUGCUAAGGCUUAUAACUUCCACACAGGCUUAGACCAACAGGGCUUCAUCCCAGGAACAAACUACUUAAUGCCUUGGGACAUUGUCAUCAGGACAAGAGCUGAAGAUGAGGGAGACCUAGACACUAAUUCCUGGCCUGCUCCUAAUAAAGCUGUUCCUGGGAAACGAAGUGCAGUUGUAAUGGGAAGAGGAAGAAGAAGAGAUGACAUAGCUCGAGCCUUUGUUGGAUUUGAAUAUGAAGACGCCCGUGGUCGGAGGUUCAUGUGUUCAGGGCCUGAGAAAGUAAUGAAGGUGAUGGGAGGUGGGCCAAAAGAAUCUGCUAUAAAAGCCCUUAAUUCUGAUAUGCCCUUAUACAUCCUCUCAUCAACUCAGGGACGAGGACUUAAACCGUAUUAUGCUCAGUUUAUAAGACUCUUUGUUGUGGUGCCAGAUGCUCCACUGCAGAUAAUACUGACACCUCAGGUUCAGCCAGGGCCUCCGCCUUGCCCUGUAUUUUACCCUGAGAAACAGGAAAUAACCCUCCCACCUGAUGGACUGUGGGUGCUGCGAUUCCCUUAUGCUUAUGUGACAGAACGUGGACCCUGUUUUCCUCCUAAAGAAAACCAGCAGUUAAUGAGUUAUAAGGUUGUUCGAGGAAUACUAAAAGCCAUUACACAAUAAGAAUUAUUCUGGUACAUUAGUCGUGGUUUCAGGUGACUUGUUUUCUCAAUCCAAAUUAUGGAUUUUGAUUCCUGACUGUUGAUACUUAAACAGUAAUCACUGCUUGCUAUAGUGAAACCACUGCAUGUAAAGUGAAUAGGGUCCAGAUUCAGAAUAAAGAUCUGAGUAUCAAAGUGGAGAAAGGAACAUGGCAACUUUCUCUGUUUACCUAUUCAGUUUUCAUAUGUAGAAACCAACAACUUUUAAUUUAUCUUUAUAUGUAUGAGCCUGUGUUCCUACAUGUUUUGAUGAGUCGACUCCUUGUCUCUAAUUACAUAUUUAGGAACUUGUAUUAAAAUUACCCCUGCUUGGAAUCAAGCUGUUACUUGUCAGAUGGAGACAGCGAAAAGAGAACCUUUUUCUCUCUCUCUCUAACCUGCCUUUAUAAAUAAAAAAUAUGGACUCUUAUUGUGUUAGCAGAAACUUCGUAUUUGAGUUUUUAAAAUGUUAUUACAGACACCUUUAGUCAUUUUUGGUUUUGUCUUCUCAAUUCCAUCAGAGCCAGGAACCCUGUUCAUUCAGGUCAGACACAUUUUAAAAAAAACAAUUAAAAAAUGUCUACAUUUGUGGAUCAGACAACCCGAUCUUGUUUUUGAAAAUUAUCUAUCCAGUGCCAUAGCUGUGCCCAUAAGAAAUCAGCUCCUAUGCCUGAGUCAAGGUUAGGUGUGCUUAAAAAAAAAAAAAAAAAAAGACAAAAUACUGACAACUUAAACCCAUUCUAAAA